AUGGAUGCCCAUAGCCAGCAACGCCCACCGGCUCCCAAGUCAGCCGGACUCACCAACAUCCUUAACAGCGAGCACGCAUCAGCUUCCGCUCCCAACGGCCCUCCGCAUAUGCGAGAUUCGGGCUUCUACUCAAAUGCAGACGCCUCCACCUCGUUCAACGUCAACGGUCUGAGCCCAAGCGGCUCUGGCUAUCAAUCGUCAUCGCAGGACAAGACUCCGUCGCCGAUCGCCUCCAACAUGGUUCCUCAUGCGCUCGUAUCGCCCUCAACGACCAACAUGAGUGUCGCUGCCAUGGUAUCCCCCAGCACACCUGGCAACCUCGACCCGCGUCGGGACCGGCCCACCUCGAUCGAGUCCAACGGGACUGGCCCUGUGAUGGGCGAGACGCUGGCUCCGGGAAUGGGUGGCUUGCGACGGGAAAGCGUGGAUAGCCGCAUUAAUCAGGGCUUCAGUGACAUGCGACUUGGCAAUUCUCCCUAUACAUCCAACAACCCUUCAACCACAUCCAUCCAGAACACCCUUCACACGCAGCGGAACCCACAUCACCUUUCCGUUCAUCGCAUCUCGAACGGUUACCAGCCCAGCGCAGAUCGAAACCCCGAGUCCAAGACGAUCAAGACUGCACCCGCGAUUACUGGUCCCGCGACAGGGCAUAUCGCCCGAGCGGCAGAGCCUACCAAAGGCCAAGCCUGGGCUUUCCCAGAGGAAGAAAUCCAACCUUUCAGGGAUAGGGGCGCUAACACGGCGGCAGCCAUCGCCGAGCACCAGAGACUCAACGAUCACAACCGACUUUUGCAGUCACACUACAACACAGCAAUGGCAGACAACGAAAUUCUGCGUCGAGAGCUCAACGCUCUGCGGAUGGAGGGAGUGCAACUACGGGGAGAUAUCAACACAUCCUCGGGUCACCCUCCUCCACCCCCGCCCGCGGCACCUCACUCUGGACCAUACCCUUCUGACCCCUACGCCAGUUCGACACGGCCGGAGCUGCCGCCUAUCCGUUCGCUCAACAACGGACCAGACUCGAUGACGGGGGUUCAGUACGAUACCCCCCGUGUCAAUGGUUACCGCCAGGAGAGGUACUGA